CGAAACGCCAUGGCGGCGGCGCUGCUUAUUUGUUUACUCUUAGUAACAUUUGGUCAUGGGGCGAAGGAGAAACCGGAACUUAGCGAUGAAAUCAAAGAAAUAAUAGAGCAUGUUCACAACGAAUGCGUCGGUUUGACUGGGGUCGCCGAGGAGGAUAUAGCGAAUUGCGAAAACGGCAUAUUUAAGGAGGACAACAAAUUGAAGUGCUAUAUGUUUUGCCUACUCGAGGAGGGUAGCCUUGUCGACGAUGAUGGCAACGUAGAUUACGACAUGAUGAUAAGUCUCAUUCCUGAACAGUAUACUGAAAGAGUUACCAAAAUGAUAACCGCCUGCAAACAUUUAGAUACAAGGGAUAAGGAUAAGUGUCAAAGAGCAUUUGAUGUUCAUCAAUGUUCCUAUAAACAAGAUCCAGACUUCUAUUUCCUCUUCUAAUAUUAUUUAACUCAAGUUGAGCGACGCUGACGAAGCCGAGAAGCUGUAAAUAUAAGUAUUUAAGUCAAUAAAGCAUAAUAAACAAAUA